CCCCGCCCUACACGGUAUUGUUUUUUGGGGGGAACUCUCGUUGCGCUGCUGCAUUACAGAGUCUUUUGGACAGAAGGAUCUCAACUCAAUUAAUUCAACAGGCUCUUCCUCAGUUCCACUUGGAUUCAAUUGGCGAUUUAUCACGUUGUGUUACCCACAGUGAGGAUGACACACCAGUACCCUUCCCUCACCAGCGAGCAGAAGAGGGAGCUGCAGGACAUCACUCGGCGCAUCGUGGCCCCGGGGAAAGGAAUCCUGGCUGCAGAUGAGUCCGUGGGCAGUAUGGCAAAGCGCCUGUCCCAGAUCGGUGUGGAGAAUUCUGAGGAAAACCGCCGCCAAUACCGCCAGCUGCUGUUCAGCGCGGACGAGCGCAUCGACAGCUGCAUCGGCGGUGUCAUCUUCUUCCACGAGACACUGUACCAGAAAUCAGAUGACGGCACCCCCUUCGUCAAUAUGAUUAAAGACAGGGGCAUUCUUGUUGGGAUCAAGGUGGACAAAGGUCUUGUCCCACUGCUAGGUACUAAUGGGGAAACAACCACACAGGGACUGGACGGGCUGUCGGAACGCUGUGCCCAGUACAAGAAGGAUGGUGCUGAUUUUGCUAAGUGGCGCUGCGUGCUGAAAAUCAGCGACACCUCACCCUCUCAGCUGUCCAUCACUGAGAAUGCUAACGUGCUAGCCCGUUAUGCCAGCAUAUGCCAGCAGCAUGGAAUCGUGCCCAUUGUGGAGCCAGAGAUCCUACCUGAUGGAGACCAUGAUCUGAAGCGAUGUCAGUAUAUCACAGAGAAGGUUCUUAGCGCUGUGUACAAGGCAAUGUCUGACCACCACGUGUACCUGGAGGGUAGUCUGCUCAAGCCCAACAUGGUGACUCCUGGCCAUAGCUGCCCUACCAAGUAUAGCCCUGAGGAGAUCGCCAUGGCAACAGUCACCGCCUUGCGCCGUACAGUGCCACCUGCAGUUGCAGGAGUGACCUUCCUUUCUGGGGGUCAAAGUGAAGAGGAGGCUUCUAUCAACCUGAACGCCAUCAACAACUGCCACUUGAGCAAACCUUGGGCCCUCACCUUUUCCUUUGGCCGUGCUCUGCAGGCCUCCGCUCUCAACACCUGGCGUGGCCUGAAGGAGAAUGCUGACAAUGCAACCGAGGAGUUCAUCAAGAGAGCCAAGGUGAACAGCUUGGCAUCACAGGGGAAGUACUUUGGCAUUGGAUCUGCGGGCCAGUCUCUCAUUGCGGCCAACUAUGCAUACUGAGCACUCAGUGAUGCUGACAUCAUAGCUUCAGCUGACCAAUAGGAUCCUCCACUGCAGCUGCUGCCUAAAUAACAACCAGUCACAUGCCUAUGCUGUCUUCAGUGUGCACAUGUGUCUUAACAUGACUUUACAUUUAGAUGGGUAUAAAUAUAUAAUAUGAUAAACAAGGAACACUGGUAGUGUUGCUCGUUAAAGGAGUAGAGGGUAGAGACUUGGGUAUUGUAAAGGGUUUUUCAAUUGAAAAUUCACUCAUAACCAUGUUAGAAGAUCACAAAAAAUGUUUUUUGUCCCAAUGGCAUCAGUAAAAAUAAAAUAACGGUGUUAGGAAUGGUAUGUUCAUCACCCUAACAGGAUAGAUUUAUGUAUGAAUGAUUUAAUGUCUACAAUUGUUCUUGGACUAAGUCUUAUGUACUUUUAUUGAAAGAAAUUGAAAAUUACAGGAUCUCCUAAGAAACACCAACAUCUAAGCAAUGUAACUGACAUGCACAGCUUAUAGAUUUAGUAUGUAUGAGUUUAAAAGCAAGGUAUUAAAAUACUAUCACUAUCUGUUUAUUUCAUGUUAGGAAAGUUGUAUGUAUAAAAUAUGACAGGGAUAUCAAGUACUGUUAACUGGCCAUAAUGACUAUGCUUUGUGAUUUUUUCACUUGUCCUUAGACUGUGAUGAUCCUAUAAUAUUUUGUGAAUGUGUCUAAAUUACUCUAUUAAAAAGGAAAAUGUGUGCACA